UAAUUUUUUUUUUAAUUUACUUUACUCGUCGAAUUUUGAGUUGCCGUCCAGUGAAAGGAGCGAUUUUUCCUAGGGCAAAGCUAGGGUUUAUGCACUAGCGUAAAGCCAGAUGCAAUGGGUAGAAAGAAAAAUCGGCCGAUUCGUUCGGGUUCCAUUGUAUCAGAAAUUGAGGACCCUCACAGUAAUAGUCCUGCUGGACAGAAUUUAGCUGCUGAUGGUCUGUCUACGACGGGAGGAGAGAAUGUUAAUUCCAAUAAACCAUUAUUCAUUGAUAUUGAGCCAUCUUCUUCUUCAUUUGACGAGGAUUUUGAAGUUGCAGAGGUAUCACUUGACAAUGUGACCUUUUUUGAUGAAAUGAGGAAUAAUUUACUGGUAGAAGAUACUAGCGUUGAAGAUAAUUUUCGCCUUCGAUUCAGUUUAUUUGGUUUAGAAGAUGGUUCUUUCAGACUAGGUAAUUUUCCUCUGCUAUCUGCUGAUAAUAUCUUAUUACAAUAUGUUUUGUUGGGAAAAACCAACUCAAAUGGUUGCAGAGAAACCAUUGUUCUGUUCUCCGGACGAUUUGAUGGUCCAGAUGAGUGUGUUUCUGGUCUUGUUCACCUUGUGUCCCUUAGAUUUUUUGGAUUGAAGCUCGUGACAGAGGCAAUGGAACUUCACAAUAAUUUAUCUGUUAGGAUCAGAGUAGAAAUUCUAAAAAGUGCUUUUGAUGCUUGUGGGAAUCCUUUGGAAAUUACGAGACAUCCUUGGAGAAGAAGUAUGAUGAGCGUUAUGUCUUGGUUGCACCCCGAAGUUACGACUUCUGAAGUCAUAUAUGGAAUAGAUAAAUCUGAAGUGAGAAAUGAUUAUACAUUCUGUGAAUCUAAAAGCUCUGGUUUAAGGAAUUGUUCGGAGUUUGAUGCUGCUGUUUUUUAUGAAGCCAUUAAACCUUCUAAAGAGGAGGCAGGGAUGGAAAAUGAUCUUCCUUAUCUGCUUCCUUGCCUUAGGCCAUAUCAGCGAAGAGCCGUUUACUGGAUGGUGAAAAGAGAAAAGGGAGCAUCAAAUGAGAAGUUUCAACAAUUUUUAUCAGCUCCAUUUUCUAUUCCUAUUAUAUUCUUUGGAGGACAAUCCAAAAUAUUCUAUAAUCCAUUCAAUGGAAAUGUUUCAUGGAGUCCAUUACAAUCCUCAUAUGUUUCUGGUGGCAUCUUAGCUGAUGAGAUGGGCCUUGGGAAAACUGUUGAAUUGCUGGCUUGCAUCUUUGCGCAUCGGAAACAGUCCGUUGAAGAAUACGUUACUGGUGACGAAUCUGAAGAGAUAGGAAGCCAAAUUAGAAGACGGAAAAGAGAACGUGUCGAGUGCAUUUGUGGUGCUGCUAGCGAGAGUCGAAAAUAUGAAGGAUUGUGGGUACAAUGUGAUGUUUGUGAUGCAUGGCAACAUGCUGAUUGUGUUGGAUUUUCGUCCCGGAAGAAGUUAUCUUUUUCACAUGAUGAGUCUUCCAAAAUGGUUUCACAUGCUAAAUCCAAGUCUCGCCGUGAUAGGAAGGGAUCUGGUGAUGUUAUUGAAAUGGAGGGAAAUUUUACAUGCUCUUUGUGCGUUGAACUUAUGGAAGCUGCCAAGAUUAAGAUAGCUACUGGUGCAACUCUUGUAGUUUGUCCAGCUCCUAUACAGGCACAGUGGUAUUCUGAGAUAAUACGCCACACGAGAUCCGGUUCGCUGAAAAUCUUUAUCUAUGAAGGAGCGAGGAAUAUAACAACUACAACUGCUCUAAAAUUUGCCAUGGAUGAACUGGUAAAAGCUGAUAUUGUCUUAACCACAUAUGAUGUCCUAAAGGAAGAUCUAGCACAUGAUGCUGAUAGGCAUGAUGGCGAUCGCCAUUUUUUGAGAUUUCAAAAAAGGUAUCCUGUUAUUCCUACCCUACUUACAAGGAUGCAUUGGUGGAGAGUGUGCUUGGAUGAGGCUCAGAUGGUUGAAUGCAACACAGGUUCUGUGACAGAGAUGGCUAUGCGUUUGCAUGCUCAUCAUCGUUGGUGUAUCACAGGUACUCCAAUUCAACAUCGACUCGAUGAUCUGUUUGGGCUUCUGCGAUUCCUUAGAGCUUUUCCUUUUGAUGCCCAUAGAUGGUGGGUUCAAGUUGUCAGAGAUCCAUAUGAGAGGAAAGAUAAAGUGGCAAUGGAAUUCAUCCACAAAAUGUUCAAGCAACUUAUGUGGCGUUCAUCUAAGAUUCAUGUUUCAGAGGAAUUGCAGUUGCCUCCACAGGAAGAGUGUUUACUGUGGCUGACUCUAUCACCUGUUGAAGAGCAUUUCUAUCAAAAGCAACAUGAAACAUGUCUGAGAUGCGCACAAGAAAUCAUCCGAAGUUUCAGAAGUUCUGAAAGUUCAUGGGAUAGCAUUCUCUCUCAUGAUGAAGUUGGAAAGCUUCUAGCUCCACUUCUAAAACUUCGUCAGGCAUGUUGCCAUCCUCAAGUUGGGAGUUCUGGUCUUUGCUCGUUGCAGAAUUCUCCAUUGUCCAUGGAAGAGAUUCUUGAAGUUCUUAUUGGCAAAGCGAAGAUUGAAGGAGAGGAAGCUCUCAGACGAGUUGCCGUGGCACUGAAUGGAUUAGCUGGGGUGGCUGUAAUUGAAGAAGAUAACAAGAGAGCAGUUUUGCUCUACAAAGAAGCACUGGCUAUGGCCGAUGAACACAGCGAUGAUUACCGUUUGGACCCUUUGUUGAGCUUGCACAUUCAUCACAAUCUGGCUGAAUUGCUUUCUCUCACUUCUGAUUUCUCAUGUCCAUUCAUGGGAAUGCAUUGUUCUGAAACUAAUGGGAAAAAAAGGGAUUUUGCUGGUAGGUAUGAACGACGUUACGUUAAGAGACGGAAAGUUAGUGUGGAUUACAGCCCUAAUUCUAUGGUUGAAGAAUCCUUGGAGAAUCAUGCCAUCCUAAAUUUGUCCACAGUCGAUGAUAAUGUAUGCAAGGACGGAGCUAAGAAUGAACUGCCAUCUAGGUGUUAUGCAGUUGAUUGCCUAAGGGAAACAUGUGAAAAUAUUAAGCAGAAGUACUUGUCCGCUUUUAUUUCAAAAUUGUCUUUGGUGGACUUCAAAAGUUCCUAUAAGGAGGUUUGCAAUCUGUCCAAAGAGUGCAAAGUUCAGAAUAUGACGUGGUGGGUGCAUGCACUUGAUAUUAUAGAACAAAAAGAAGAGAAUUCUCGAGAAUUGAUGAAAAAGAUUGAACUGGCUAUUUCCAGGGUUGGUUGCAAUUCCAGAUCAUUCAGAGUGUCUUCAGGGUUUCGAAACAUGAAAGGCUUGAGAUACAACAUCCAAGUUGGUCUUGAUUCUUUGGAGACUUCUCGGCAAGCUUUAAUUACCCAACUUUUGCAAAUUGAGCAAACUAUGGAGAAGCCGGAUGAGGCUGUUGUUGAACGUGUGAGAUACUGCCCUUACUGCGGCGGUGGCGAUGGUAACUUGUGUACUCAUUGUGAGUUAGAGUUUGUGUUUCAGAAAUAUGAGGCGAAGCUGUUUCUUUCAAGGAAAACAAAUGAUAUCGGUGAUAUUGCCUCGGUGGAAGAGGCAUUGGACCAUCAAAAGAGGAAGUUUGCGUUAAAUAGUUUUUUUCGUAUUGGAAAGAUUGGUGGUGGAACGGGUGUUGAUUAUGGAGAAAGCAAACAGAGACAUGCCAAAGAAAAUAUUGAGGUUUUGAGGCAUCCUUCUGAAUUGGAAAUUACUCUAGGGGUCAUUAGAAGUUAUUCAAAAGCAAUCUUGGGGAGACAAGGUUAUGCAUUAGCUGGAAGGCAUUUACUGCUCUUUGAGGCCAUGCGUAGAGAAUUUACUCAAGCAAGGCUAUUAUCACGUUCGCAAGCUCAGUUAUUGGGUGCUUAUGAUGAAAUCAAGCUUUCUACCUCAAGACUGCGGCUCAAGCAAACGAAGGAUGAGCCAACUGCUAUAAAUAUUCUUUCUAGAGAAGAACUAAUUCCCUGUAGCCUGCAAUUCUCGAACGACAAGUUUGUAUCUUUGUCUUUAUUAUCUCGUAUGAAAGGCCAGUUACGCUAUCUGAAGGGAUUGGUGGAAUCUAAAGUGGAAAUAAAACAUCGAAGCCAAUUUCUAUGUAGGAAUCAAGAUGGAGCUGAAAUGGCAAACAUUACAGCUUUUAACGAAAACGAAUGCAAUCUCAGGACUGAUGAUGACCUCUGUCCCAUUUGCCAUGAAAAAAUAGACAGCCAGAAGAUGGUAUUUGAAUGUGGGCAUGUUAUUUGCUGUAAAUGCUGUUUAAACUUGACAGAGAAGGUGGUUCUUCGCUCAGGAAAGUACCAAAAAAAUUGGCUUAUGUGUCCUACUUGCCGUCAACAAACAGUGAUGGAGCAUGUUGCUUAUGUAGAUGAGAAACAACAUAAGGAUAGCGGCUCAAGGACCCCAAAAGUCUUCUGUGCUCAAGACUUGAAUGAAAGUUCCAUUGUUGUUAAAGGAUCAUACGGAACAAAGAUUGAAGCUGUCACAAGGAGGAUUUUGUGGAUAAAAUCAAUGGAUCAAAAUGCGAAAGUACUUGUUUUCUCUAGCUGGAAUGAUGUACUCGAUGUAUUGCAGCAUUCAAUGGAUUCUAAUGACAUUUCAUAUGUUCGAAUGAAAGGAGGCAGGAAAUCACAAGCUGCAAUUGCUAAAUUUAGAGAACAGCCCUUGAAUUCGAAACACAUCCAAGUCCUUCUGAUCCUAAUCCAGCAUGGAUCGAACGGUCUGAAUCUCUUGGAAGCCCAGCAUGUUAUCCUUGUUGAACCUCUCUUAAAUCCAGCGGUCGAAGCCCAAGCAAUUGGCCGUGUUCACCGAAUCGGGCAGGAUAAGAAAACGUUUGUUCAUCGCUUCAUAGUGAAGAACACUGUGGAGGAAAGCAUAUAUAAACUGAAUUUGGGUAGAUCUGGAAAUUCCAUGAUUAGUACUAAAAGUAAUAAAAAAGAAGACCAACCUGUGCUCACAGUGCUAGAUGUGGAGAGCUUGUUUCCUACGUCGGCCUCGAUCGAAAAUUCGUCGGGAAAUUUCGACGAUACAAGCGCCGUAGCCGAACAAAGCCUCAGGCAUUUGCCUGCUUCUGUUGCUGCUGGUCUUGCUGCUGAGAGGAGAUUCAUGGCGUCUCAUCACACCCAAUAAGGCAGAAAGCAGAGAUGAGGAGGGCAGGCAGAAUCAGUGAAAAUGUAAAGCUGCUUCAGGGGAAUUUAUCUUGUAUAAUUAGACAGAGUAGGCCAUUCUUUUCGAAUAUUUACAUGCAUACCGAACAAUUCUUAUGUAUUUACAUAUCGAACGACUUGUUUGAUGUUUUUACUUUUGCGACAUUUUAGUGUCAUCAAACUAUACAUGAAAAUAUAAUGAUUUCAGUGUUAUGCAUGCAUGUAUUUAAGUAUGUAAAUAGAUUUUAUGU